GAGAGCUGGAGCCCAGCAGACAUGACCUCGCGCAGAGAUGUUUUCCACCUGGGGGUCCACCUUCCCCAGUUUCAGGACUGGGAGCAUCCUGGAAGCCCCUUGACCUGCAAGGUGGUUUCACCCCAACAUCAGUGGAGUUGAAGCUGAGCAGCUUCUCAUGUCCAGUGGCCAGCACGGAAGCUUUCUGGCAAGACCCAGCAAGAGCUGCCCCGGGGGCUUCACACUGUCUGUCAGGCGCCACAAUGAGGUGACCCACAUCAAGAUCCAGAACACAGGUGACUACUACGAUCUGUAUGGAGGGGAGAAGUUCGCGACGCUGGCCGAGCUGGUGCAGCACUACACAGGCCAGUGUGGGGGGCUGCUCCGAGAGCGUGGUGGGGCCCCUGUGGAGCUCCGGCACCCGCUGGGCUGCCAGGACCCCACGUCGGAACGGUGGUAUCAUGGGCAUCUGUCUGGAAAGGAGGCUGAGAAGCUGCUGAUGGAGAAAGGGCGUCCGGGCAGCUUCCUGGUUCGGGAGAGUCAGAGCAAACCUGGGGACUUUGUGCUGUCAGUGCUCACGCAGCAGCUGGACAGGGUGGACCGCCAGCCGCGCGUCACCCACAUCAUGAUCCACUUCCAGCCAGAUGGGAAGUACGACGUGGGAGGUGGUGAGCAGUUCGACACCCUUGGAGAUCUGGUGGAGCGCUACAGGAAGAACCCCAUGGUGGAGAGGUCAGGGGUUGUGGUGCAUCUCCGGCAGCCCCUCAAGGCCACGAGAAUCAGCGCUGCAAGCAUUGACAGCCGUGUGCAGGAGCUCAGCGAGGCCACGGAUGCCAGCGAGAAGGCCAAGCAGGGCUUCUGGGAGGAGUUCGAGAUGCUGCAGCAGCAGGAAUGCCGGCUCCUGUACCCCCGGAAGGAAGGCCAGCGGCCGGAGAACAAGCCCAAGAAUCGAUACAAGAACAUCCUUCCCUUUGAUACCACUCGUGUCAUCCUUCGUGAUGUGGAUGACAGAGUGCCUGGAGCCGACUACAUCAACGCCAACUACAUCAGGAGUGACCCAGAGGAGAAGCCAGGCCAUGGACUGGGCAAGGUGUACAUCGCCACCCAGGGCUGUCUGCCGACUACAGUGGCUGCUUUCUGGGCCAUGGUGCACCAGGAGAACACGCGUGUCAUCGUCAUGACCACCAGGGAGGUGGAGCGAGGCCGGAACAAGUGUUUCCGAUACUGGCCAGAGCUGCACGGCAGCCAAGAGUAUGGCCACCUGCAUGUGUGCAACAUGGCUGAGCACUGGGCCCAGGGCUAUUGUGUGCGGGAGCUGCAGGUGUGGAGGCCAGACCAGGGUCACAGCAGCCCGAGGCGCUUGGGACAGCCCAGACCUCCCAGCUGGCACUCACCAGCCCACCCUGCCCAGGAGGAGUCGCCGCACACAGUGAAGCACUACCAGUACUUCAGUUGGCCGGACCACGGCGUCCCGGCCGAGCCCACCGGCGUCCUUAGCUUCCUGGACGAGGUGAACCGGGCCCAGAGCAGCAUGCCGGGGGCCGGACCCAUGGUAGUCCAUUGCAGCGCUGGCAUCGGACGCACUGGCACCAUCAUUGUGAUUGACAUCCUGGUGGACGUCAUUCGCAGUCAGGGAUUAGACUGCGACAUCGACGUCCCCAAGACGAUUCAACUGGUGCGGCGGCAGCGCUCAGGGAUGGUGCAGACCGAGGCGCAGUACAAGUUCGUGUACCUGGCGCUGCAGCGGUACAUCCAGGGCGAACAGCUGCGCCUCCGCGAGCCUGUGGGGGCGGGGCCGGGCCGGGGCGAAGCCUGCGCUGGCAUCACCAUGGUGACCAGGGGCCCCUCCCCUCAGUGCGAGCGGCCCGAAGAGCGCGGCUCGCUGAACCUGGGCGUCUCGCCCGCCGACCCCGGCUGUAGCCCCGGACCCGCGCCGUCCCGGGCGCCGGCGGCGAUCCCAGAGGCCUCCCGCCACGAGUAUGAGAACCUGCAGGGUCUAGAGCCGUGAGAGCCCCUCGUGCGCGUGCCCCGAGUGGGGCUGGAGCUGUGCAAGAAGGCGGGAGCCCAGCAAGGCCGGCCUCCGCGUUCCUCCGAUGGACUGUUUAGGAUUGUGCAGACAGGCGCCCAGCCCUGAGCGCCGCGGAGUUGGGGUGGGGAUAGGGGGUGGG